GCUAAACGUUAAAUUACACAUCAUAAGCAAUUUUUUUUUCGUGUUUCUUUAUAAUAAAGUCAUGUUGUUAUCCUGUGUUUAGGACAUUUUUGAUGAAAAUAAAUACCUAGGUAUUGUAGGUAAAUGUCAAAUCGUCUAACAUGACUAUUGCUAACUUCUCUAUAAAGUCAUGCCAGUGUCGUGUAAAACAAUGUUUUGAUGAUUUUGUGCAAAUUUAGAAUCGAUCAAGACGGUUUAAAUUAGCGACGGAACCAGAAUUACAAAUCCUAUCAUUACCACAGCAGAAGGAAAUGACGAUCACUGCAGUUUUCAAAAUUUAGUUGAUUGCACGAAACGGCUUUCAGUAAUAACCGAUUCAGGAUUACCAUUAUUUCACAGCAAAUCUGAUUUGGAUAAAAUUUGUCCGCGUUAGUCAUGGUACUCUCUAUGAACAAAUGGAAAGGGAAAGUUGCUGUUGUUACUGGAGCCAGUUCUGGGAUAGGUGAAGCUGUAGUUAAGAAACUAGUUGAGGAAGGACUUAUAGUGGUCGGUUUGGCACGAAGAUUAGAUCGCAUGCAGGACCAGGCAAAAAAACUGUUAGGACAACCAGGAAAAUUUCAUCCGUUGGAAUGCGAUUUGAGCGUUGAAUCUAACAUCUUAGCCUGUUUUGACUACAUCAGGAAAACUAUUGGACCAGUGCAUGUUUUAGUCAACAAUGCAGGGUGUUGUAAUAACACCACUUUAUCUGAAGGAGAUACGUCUAGUUGGAACCAAGUAUUUGCGGUGAAUGUACUAGGACUUUGUAUUGCCACAAGAGAAGCAGUAAAAGAUAUGAAAAAUAACAGUGUAGAAGGUCACAUAAUUCACGUAAAUAGCAUAGCAGGUCAUUUCAGCGUUAACAUUGAUAAUCUUAAUGUUUACCCAGCAAGUAAAUUUGCCGUUACAGCACUAUCAGACACACUGAGGAAGGAAUUGGCCAAAAGUAAAAGAAAAAUAAAAGUAACGAGUAUAAGUCCCGGUGUGGUUGCUACAGAACUCUUUGCAGUUUCUGGAUUGCAAGAUAUACAAGAGAGUAUUGAAAAAGAGGCAGUUCCAGCACUUGCACCAGAAGAUAUAGCUGAUGCUAUAGGAUAUAUUCUAUCUACACCGCCAAUAGUAAACAUAUCAGAACUUACCAUACAACCAGUUAACGAGAUGUUGUGA